CGCCCCAGGACCAGAGAGAUGGAGAUCCUGCCGGUGCCGGAGCCGCUGAGCUAACCACCGGCCGGCACUUGUCUCAUCGCCUCUAACUUUGCAGGUAAGCAAGUCAUCAGACACCAAACAGGUCAUCUAGGCAAGGCGGUUAGGCCAUCGUCUUGGGCGCCCAAGAAGCAAGAACUCAAGAGAACUCAGACAGACCUCGCCCCCCUCCUCCUCUUCCUGCGGUGAAUUCCCCGCUGGCUUCGAGAUGUCGACGGAACUCCUGACGAAAUUCCUCACGUUGUUGUUCGGAUACGCGAUGCCGGCGCUGGAGUGCUUCAAGGCGAUCGAGCAGCGGCCCGGCCGGGCUGACCAGCUCCGGUUCUGGUGCGAGUAUUGGAUUAUCCUAGUCCUCCUGGUCAUGUUCGACGAAAUUGCCGGUGUUCUGAUUUCCAAGAUUCCAAUGUACUACGAGCUCAAGCUUGCCUUCCUCGUGUACCUGUGGUACCCAAAGACAAGGGGAACAGACAUCGUGUACGAGACGUUCCUCCAGCCACUGGUGAUGCAGUACCAGCCCAACAUCGAGGCGAGACUGCAGUACCUGCGCGCCAACGCUGGUGACAUCCUUGUGUUCUACCUCAAGAACUUCACUGAGAGGGGCUACGACCUCUUCCUCCGGGCGCUUGACUAUGUCCGGUCGCAGGCAUCUAGAGGAUCAAGAACAAGGAGUUUCUUCUCGUUCAGAGGUGACCGGGCUGAGAGGCCGAGCUUCACUGACGACUACGCAAUUGGUGGUGAAAGAAGGGACGGUGGGAGGCACCGGCGACCACGUAGUGGCUACUAGCAGACCAAAAUUUAGCAAGUGGAUGUAUAGCACAGAAAUUGAAAUGAUUACUGGCAUAGGCUUAGUUAGGAACAAGCAAAUCAUUGUGAAACAGAUUGUAGGUGGAUUAUGAACAAAACUUGUAGGUUCGAUCGGAAAAAAUAGAUUGCUUCUUGUAAAUUUUGGGUUCACAUUGUCAGCAACAAUCGCUUCGCGUGCUUGUUGCAAUGCUGCACACUGCAAUGUGGUUGUUCUGCUCAUUCCCUGUAUUGUGCAUAGUUAUUGAAAGUCUUUUUUUAUUCCAA